CUUUCAUUGUUUGAAUGCUUUUGAGUGAAAGUGUAUUCCAUAAGAAGAAAUCAGUUCUCAUAAGUUAUUUGCAAUCCAUAACUUGCGUUCAAUCGACAUAAUUUUUUAAUUUAAAUACUUCCUAUUAUUUGAAAAACUUAAUUUUAAAAAAUAUGGCAAAAGUAUAUCUAACUUUACUUUCGGUUUUGGUCUUAGCGUUGUUUUCAACAAAUUUGGCUCAAAAAACACGGGUGAAGCGCCAAUCACUGGCCUAUAGAUUUGCGUCGGGCGUUGAGUUUGUGGUACCGGAUCUGCGGGAGUCGUUUACGUGUGAGAACCGGGACUACGGCUAUUACGCCGAUGUGGACAACAACUGUCAGGUGUUUCACGUAUGUGUGCCUCCGGCCCAACACUUCAGUUUCUUCUGUCCCAAUACCACAAUCUUUGAUCAGCGGCUACUCGUCUGUAACGACGAGCUCUUCGCCACUCCUUGUCGAGAAGCCGAACGCUUUUACGUUAUUAACCAGAACUUUGGCGUAACCGACCCUGAUAAGUUGGUCCAAAUAUAACCAAUCGUAUCUAUUUUUAUUUAAUAUUUGUUUCAUUCGCUAUUUUCGAUAUAAAUUAUAUUAUAAUUAGAUUAGAAAUUGAUUUAUUAUUUUUGAAUAUUUCCGUAAUUGAUUUAAUUAUUUUUUCUGCAUAUAUUUAAAUUUAUUAUACUUUGUGACUAUUCAUUGCCCG